UACUUAUUUAACCUCCUCUUUGCAGAAAAAUGGCAACCCACUUCCUCAUGCAUGAGAAGAUCUGGUUCGAUAAAUUCAAAUACGACGAUGCUGAAAAACGGUACUAUGAACAGAUGAACGGUCCAGCCCACAGCCCUUCCUGCCAGCAGGAGAACGGCGCCAGCACCAUCCUGCGCGACAUUGCCAGAGCAAGGGAGAAUAUCCAGAAGUCACUGGCCGGACUCAAGACAGUUUUGCAAAACCCUCAGGAAGCCGCUGGCCUUCGGUCCAAGAAGCGCUCGGGUCACGCGGCUACCGCCAGCGGCCCCUCCCCUGCAGGACCGGCCGGAGACCAAAAUGAGGUGGUCACCAGGAUUGCUAACUUGGAGGCAGAAAACCAGCACCUUCGUAGUGUGGUCACAAACCUCCAAGUGGCUAUCUCCAAACUGGAGUGCCGCCUGAGCGUGCUGGAAAGGGCGUCGGCUUCCCAUCAUCCUUCCCCACCUCCACCAACACAGCACGUCACCCCUAUGAAGAAAGUGGAGCCCUUGGCUGUACCGUCCAAGAAGGUGGUGCUCCCUUCAGCUGCCAUCAAAGAAGACUCCCAGGGCGCUGCCGCCGCCGCCGCCGAGGAAGACGAUGAGAUCGACCUGUUUGGCAGCGACGAGGAAGAGGAAGACCAAGAGGCUGCCCGCCUUCGGGAGGAGCGGCUAAAGCAGUACGCUGAGAAGAAGUCGAAGAAGCCGGGCUUGAUUGCCAAAUCCUCCAUCCUUCUGGAUGUCAAGCCGUGGGAUGAUGAAACGGACAUGGCCAAGAUGGAGGAGCGUGUGCGAUCUGUCCAGGUUGACGGCCUCGUCUGGGGGGCUUCCAAACUGGUCCCGGUGGGCUACGGCAUCAAGAAACUCCAGAUCCAGUGCGUGGUGGAGGACGACAAAGUCGGGACGGAUAUCCUGGAAGAGGAGAUUACCAAAUUUGAAGAUUAUGUGCAGAGUGUUGACAUAGCUGCUUUCAACAAGAUCUAACGGCAAACCUUUUACCCUUUCCAAAGCUAAUAAAUGGUUCAGAGUUGGAGAGC